AUGACCGACCCCGCACCAGCACCGGUGAUGGUUGCGCCAGCGAUGGCAGCCCAGCAUUCGCCUGCACCGCUACAGCCAGCGCCUAUUAUCCGACAGCCGAAACUAGAAGAGGCAGAGAUCGCGAGCUCAUACGCCAAAAUACGCUUUCCCGAAUUCGACUCCGAAGAUGUGGAAACAUGUUUACUCCCGAAAAAAGUAGUGCGUUUCUCUCUACACUCUCACACUUAUCCUGGCCGAGACACUCUCAUCAACCCAGCCGAGACCGUGAGCACCAGCUACAACGCACCCUCAUCGCAGCAGCGCAGCAGCAACAGCUUACCACUACAAGCAAGCCCCACGUUAAAUACCACCAGCACCAGCAUCAAGCUGAACCCCGGUAAGGCUGAAGUAAUCGAGCGCAUCUAUGUGAACGACAGCAGAACCAACAACAGAUUCCUGAUCGACACCGGCGCUGAGAUUUCCGUCAUACCACCAUCCGCCAAGGACAGAAUGAACCCGAUGCCAGCCAGAAAACUCUUCGCUGCAAACGGCAGCUCAAUCGAUAUCAGAGGCAGGAAAAGUGAAAUUUCCAUCGAUCGUUUGAAGGCCGCAUUCAUGAUGAAUGAUGAGUCUCCGAUCCAAAGCACCACCCCCGUUGAUGAGGAAAACAAUCUGCUCGCCAAAACGACCGACCCACUUGCGACUCGAACUGCCGUCCAUCAGACGAGAUAUGGUAGGAAAAUUUAUCUUCCAGAUAAAUUUUAAAUAAAGGGGGAUGUUGCUGCGAAUCGUAAACAAAUAGAGAACUGUCACCGCGGCUGACAGCAAAACAUUCAGCAUUUGCGAUCGCGAGAGAUUCUACACUCUCACGUACAGAGGGCACUGUAACGGGUUCGGAUACAGGGAAGGCGAAUGACCUCAGGAUCGAGAAUCGGGUUCCUCGCCAUCGCGAUUGCUUCAGUAGCAU